GUCACUCUAGCAUUAUCAGUCAGCGACUUAAUCAAUACAAUUAGUUUAGAGAAGGCUGUAUCGACAUUUGGACAAUUGUUGAUGACAUUCAUAAGAUCCGUCUUAGUUAAUUCAUCCCUUAUUUGUGCGAAGUUUACUUUUGUGAUUUCUGUAUGCAUCCAAUUCGAUUGAUGUAAAAAUUCGAGCAUCUGUAUUCUCUUUCAACAUAACAUGAUCCAAAAGCUUUCUCUUAUUAUUCCAGAAAUCAUCAUUGUACUUUUUAGAAACCGGAAUAUAUGCAUCAGUAACUUUCAACUCUUUCCUCAGAUCAUCGAUUUCCUUCUCAGAAGUCACUGUGCUGGUUUUGACAGUUUCUUUUGUAUCGUCUUCAAUGUCCUUCACGUUAUACGUGACAAGAAUUCCUCGAUCAGAUCCACGAACAUUAAUUAAAGUUCCUUCAUUCUUCAGUUCAUAGCACAUUCUUUUCAAAUUCCAAACAUUUUUGCUUGCAGGCAUUUCCGCAAAGAAUCUAAUUGUAUCCUGUUUACCAGCGCUUGAGAGGUUUUUGUUGUAAUUAAUCACUUGUGAGAAGAUGCGUCCAGCAGUUAAUGAAUCAAUAAAUCGAGUCCUCAACAUUCUAAUCUGCCU